UUGUAUUCUAAUCAAUUUUAUUGAAAGAAAAACAAACAUAAAUAAAUAAAUGAUAUAAUAGAAAAAGAAGUUCAAUAAUCUAGAAGAAUUUUUAAAUUCUUAACUUUAGUAGCAUUUAGUUCUCGAUAUUUUACUUUAUAGUAAAAAUUAAAUUAUUGAAACUAGUGUAUCAGAUUUAGGUUCUGCUUUAGCAAAAUGCACUAAUCUCACAAAUUUGACACUAUACCUAAGGUGAUAACAGUUUAUUUGUUUUGGAAUGUGAUAUUUUUAAGUAUAAAAAUGGAUAUAAAACUAUUAAAUAACUCUUUUUAUUUUUUUAUUUGGUUUAUUUUUAUUUUUUAUUCUACUUAUGAUUUUUUUUUAUUUAAUUUAUUAAUUUAACCAAUUUUUUAAAAUUUAUUAUUCUUAUUUGUUAUAAUUUUUUAUUAUUUCAUAUUUAUUCUUUCUAACUUACUAAUUAAUUUUUCUUAAAUAUUUAAAAAGUUACAAUAAAAUUGAUGAUAAAGAUGCUUAAUGUUUAGGUUCUGCUUUAUCAAAAUGUACUAAUCUCUCAAAUUUGAAACUUACACUUUGGUAAUAACAGUUUAUUUUUUCAAAUUGUGAUAUUUUUUAAGAUUAAAAAUGAUAUUUCUUAAAUAUUUUUAACUCAAUUUUAUUUUUCAAUUUUUGCAUUCAUAUAUUAUUAAUUAAUUUUAUAUUAUUUCAUUUUUUCCUUCUAACUUACUAGUUAAUUAUAUUUUUUUUCUUCAAUAUUUUAGUGACAAUUAAAUUGGUGCAAUUGGUGCAUCAGACUUAGGUUCUGCUCUAGCAAAAUGCACUAAUCUCUCAUAUUUGAGACUGAAUCUUAGUGGCAAUUAAAUUGGUGCAAUUGGUGCAUCAGACUUAGUUUCUGCUCUAGCAAAAUGCACUAAUCUCUUAAAUUUGAGACUUAAUCUUAGUGAGAAUAAAAUUGAUGCAAUUGGUGCAUCUGAUUUAGGUUCUGCUUUAGCAAGAUAUAUUAAUCUCUCAAAUUUGAGACUGAAUCUUAGUAAAAAUCAAAUUGGUGUAAUUGGUACAUAAGAAAUAGCUUCUGCUUUAGCAAAAUGCACUAAUCUCUCAAAUUUAGGACUUAAUCUUAGUGAGAAUAAAAUUGGUGCAAUUGGUGUAUCAGAUUUAGGUUCUGUUUUGGUAAAAUUACCUAACCUCUCAAAUUUGAGACUUAGUCUUAGGUUAAAUAAAAUUCGUGAUAAAGAUGCUUUAGGCUUAGGCUCUUCUUUAGCAAAUUGCGUUAAUCUCUUAAAUUUGACACUUAAUCUUGGGGUAAAUAAAAUUCGUAAUAAAGGCGUAUCAGGAUUAAGUUCUGCUUUAUCAAAUUGCUUUAAUCUCUUAAAUCUGACACUUAAUCUUGAGGAAAAUUACAUUGGUCCAAUUGGCGCAUCAGGCUUAGGUUCUGCUUUAUCAAAUUGCACUAAUCUCUAAAAUUUGACACUUAUUCUUAAACAAAAUUAUAUUCAUGAAAUUGGUGCGUCAGGCUUAGGUUUUGCUUUAGGAAAGUGCACUAAUCUCUCAAAUUUGACACUUGAUCUUAGUUAUAAUAAAAUUGGUGCAAUUGGUGCAUCAGGUUUAGGUUCUGGUUUAGCAGAUUGCACUAAUCUCUCAAAUUUGACACUUUUUCUUUAUUCUAAUAAAAUUGAUGCAAUUGGUGCAUCAGACUUAGGUUCUGCUUUAGCUGCUUGUAAUUAACUCUUAAAUUUGACACUUGAUCUUAGUUCUAAUAAAAUUGGUGCGAUUGGUGCAUCAGACUUAGGUUCUGCUUUAGCUGCUUGUAAUUAACUCUUAAAUUUGACACUUUUUCUUAAUUCAAGCGAAAUUGAUGUUAUUGGUCCAUCAGGCUUAGUUUCUGCUUUGGCAAAUUGCAAUAAUCUCUCAAAAUUGAUACUUGAUCUUGGGUUCAAUCGAAUUGGUGAUAAAGGGGCAUCAGGCUUAGGUUCUGCUUUAGCAAAUUGCAAUAAUCUCUCAAAUUUGAAUCUUAAACUUUUACUUAUUGAAAUUGGUGAUGAAGGUACAUCAGGCUUAUGUUCUGGUUUAGCAAGCACUAAUAUCUAAAUUUUGGAACUUGAUCUUUAUGAAAAUUUAAUUGGUGAAACUGGCGCAUUAGGCUUAGGUUCUGCUUUAGCGAAUUGCACUAACCUCUUAAAAUUGUCAAUUUGUUUUUAGGAAAAUAAAAUUGGUGACGAAGUUGUAUCAGGCUUAGGUUCUGGUUUAGGAAAGUGCACUAAUCUCUCAAAUUUGACACUUGAUCUUAGUUUAAAUGUUAUUGGUGACGAAGGAGCAUCAGGUUUAGGUUCUGGUUUAGGAAUGUGCACUAAACUCUCAAAUUUGACACUUAAUCUUGAUUAUAAUUAAAUUGGUGACGAAGGAGUAUCAGGCUUAGGUUCUGGUUUAGGGAAGUGCACUAAUCUCUCAAAUUUGACACUUAAUCUUAGGAGAAAUAAUUUUCAUCGCAAAGGAGCAUCAGGCUUAGGUUCUGGUCUAGGAAAGUGCACUAAUCUCUCAAAUUUGACACUUAAUCUUGAGGGAAAUAAUAUUGGUGACGAAGGAGCAUCAGGCUUAGGUUCUGGUUUAGGAAAGUGCACUAAUCUCUCAAAUUUGACACUUAAUCUUAGGGGAAAUUUUAUUUAUGGAAAAGGAGCAUCAUGCUUAGGUUCUAGUUUAGGAAAGUGCACUAAUCUCUCAAAUUUGACACUUGAUCUUGAUCCAAAUAAAAUUGGUGGCGAAGGAGCAUCAGGCUUAGGUUCUGGUUUAGGGAAGUGCACUAAUCUCUCAAAUUUGACACUUAAUCUUAGUUAUAAUUAAAUUGGUGACGAAGGAGUAUCAGGCUUAGGUUCUGGUUUAGGAAAGUGCACUAAUCUCUCAAAUUUGACACUUAAUCUUUGGUACAACGAAAUCAAAAGUAUAUAAUAAUUGAAAGCAAAGUGUCAUAAAUCAAAUAGAUUAGUUGUCUUAAAAAUAAGGAAUUUUUGAAAAUAAAGUUGUGAAAAAAGGAAGAUUAAAAAUAAAUAUUUUUGGAUAGUUUAACAUAAUGUGCUUUAUUUUUUUAUUUUGUAAUUGCAUAAUUUAAUCUAAAAUAUAUAUAGAUAGAUAGAUAGAUUU